GCGCACUGUCGCGCCGGCUUGUGCCGCGCCGGCACAGGGCCAUGAAACUGCUGCGGCGCGCAGGGCGGCGGCGGCGGCGGGCGGCGCUGGGGUUGGGCGCGCUGGCGCUGGGCUGCGCAGCGCUGCUCUACCUAGCCCGCUGUGCGCCCGCGGGUCCCACGCCCGAGCCCUCAAGCCGCGCCGCGGCCUUCCUGGCCGUGCUGGUGGCCAGCGCGCCCCGAGCCGCCGAGCGCCGAAGCGUGGUCCGCAGCACGUGGUUGGCGAGGCGCGGAGCUCCGGGCGACGUGUGGGCGCGCUUCGCCGUGGGCACUGCCGGCCUGGGUGCGGAUGAACUACGCGCUCUGGAGCGCGAGCAGGCGCGGCACGGGGACCUGCUGCUGCUACCCGCGCUGCGCGACUCCUACGAGAACCUCACAGCCAAGGUGUUGGCCAUGCUGGCCUGGCUGGACGAGCACGUGGCCUUCGAAUUCGUGCUCAAGGCGGACGACGACUCGUUCGCACGGCUGGACGCCCUGCUGGCUGAGCUGCGAGCCCGGGAGCCCGCGCGCCGCCGCCGCCUCUACUGGGGCUUCUUUUCGGGCCGUGGCCGUGUCAAACCUGGGGGCCGCUGGCGCGAGGCCGGCUGGCAACUCUGCGACUACUACCUGCCCUAUGCGCUGGGCGGUGGCUACGUGCUCUCCGCCGACCUGGUGCAAUACCUUCGCCUCAGCCGCGACUACUUGCGCGCCUGGCAUAGUGAGGACGUGUCACUGGGUGCCUGGCUGGCGCCUGUGGACGUGCAGCGCGAGCAUGACCCGCGCUUUGACACAGAAUACAGGUCCCGUGGCUGCAGCAACCAGUACCUGGUGACGCACAAGCAGAGCCUGGAGGACAUGCUGGAGAAGCACCAGAUGCUGGCGCGCGAGGGCCGCUUGUGCCGGCGCGAGGUGCAGCUGCGACUGUCCUAUGUCUAUGACUGGUCAGCGCCACCCUCACAGUGCUGCCAGCGUAAGGAGGGCAUCCCAUGAGCCCGCGUCGCCGGAGCCUGCAGGGACCUGGCCUGCCCAGCCGGUGGGGCCACGGAGCAGGUGCCAAACCGCCUCACACCAAGCCUAGGCCACGGCCACCGGCUGUACACCCCAGCGCCACACACGCGUGGUCUCUCUCCAGACUCUGGUCUGGAGUCCAGAGUAUCUUGUUCUGGACUCCAGGCGCCCUGAGGGUCUCCAGCGAAAGGCGUCUUGUCUAGGUAGAAGUGCCGUGUUUAUGAGUCUUGGCCAGCAUCAACCUUGCCUGGAGUGUUCCUUAGGUGUGAGGGCAGAACAGAGCGACCUCGCCACUCGCCCAAAACCCUGAGACUUGUUCUGGAGUUCACCGCCCACCCAGGAAACAGUCCACAGGCUGACCUGCAGACCCUCCCUGUUGCACCUUCCCUACAAGCCGUCAUCAAACAGCGUUGCCAUUGUUUUACUGGGAUAGCUUAUGUCCUUUUGUGUUUCACAUCGGUAUCAUUUGUCGUAAGUCUGAGGUUAACUUGGUUUCACAUAAAUUAGUUUUCUUGA